CCUAAAUCCUCGAAAUUCUCAUUACCUUCUUUCUGUCCUUCCCCACAAUCUUCGCCGUCCCAUCCUCUUCCUCCCACUAUCAUUAUCACAAACAGAAAAGAAAGGGAGAAGUUCAUUGCUACAUACUCGAGUACAGUGGAAAUCAAGCAGCAGAUUCCACCAUUGUUUUUUACUCAAGAAAAUAAGAAAUGGGCCUUUGUUUUGCAAGUCGGAUCAACUCCAAACACGCGGCUUAAAAGACGUUCUUUUCGAUGAACUGCAAAAGCUAGCCCAUUUGCGUUUGCAACUGAUUUCUGAAGAUGCUUUCUGCCGUGGUCUGUGCAAUGAGUUUAUUUAACUCAUUGUUAAGUGAGAUUAGUCUUUUAUUAAUAAGAAUUGUACGUGUAUAAGAGAAGAGAGCUUUCUUCUGGGAUUUAGUGAAGAAUGGCAGGAAGAUCCUUCAGACCUUCUGGUUCACAGCAUGUGAGUGGUUCAGUCCCUCCAACUGUGACCUUUACAAGGAGAACAUCAUCAGGUCGAUAUGUCAACUUGUCCAGAGAAAGUCUUGAUAGUGAGAUAAGUGGUGUCGAAUUCUCGGAAUACACAGUGCAUAUACCACCAACACCUGAUAAUCAGCCGAUGGAUUCUUCUAUGUCAAUUAGGAUGGAUCCUCCGAUUUCACAGAGGGUUGAGGAGCAGUAUGUAUCCAGUUCUUUGUUUACUGGUGGAUACAACAGUGUUACCCGUGCCCACUUGAUGGAUAAGGUGAUUGAGUCUGAGACUAACCAUCCCCAGAUGGCUGGUGCAAAAGGUUCAUCAUGUGCUAUUCAGGGUUGUGAUGGAAAAGUCAUGAGUGAUGAGAGGGGUGAAGAUAUUCUUCCUUGUGAAUGUGAUUUCAAGAUUUGCAGGGAUUGCUUCAUUGAUUCUGUGAAGACUGGUGAUGGUAUCUGUCCUGGUUGUAAAGAGCCUUACAAGAACACUGAUUUGUCUUUAAACUCGGUGGAGCCUGGUCAACCGCUGCCUCUGCCAUCUAAUGUUGCGAUGUCAAAGAUGGAAAGGAGGUUGUCAUUAAUGAAAUCAGCCAACAGGUCAGCAAUAGUGAGGAGCCAGUCUGGACUCAUGAGGAGCCAAACAGGGGUGGAUUUCGAUCAUAACCGAUGGUUGUUUGAGACCAAGGGAACGUAUGGAUAUGGUAAUGCGAUAUGGCCGAAAGACGGAGGAUUCACAGAUGAGAAAAAUGAUGAAUCAGGUGAGCCUCCAGAACUUCUGAACAAACCGUGGAGACCACUCACCCGUAAAUUGAAGAUACCAGCUGCAGUUCUCAGCCCGUAUAGACUCUUAAUUUUUGUACGUAUGGCUGUUCUUGGACUAUUUUUGGCUUGGAGGAUCAGCCAUCCCAAUGAGGAUGCUAGAUGGCUGUGGUUGAUGUCAGUCGUCUGUGAGAUUUGGUUUGCCUUCUCUUGGUUACUUGACCAGCUCCCAAAGUUCUGCCCGGUCAGUCGUGCUACUGAUCUUAAUGUGUUGAAAGACAAGUUUGAAACACCUAGUCCAGCCAAUCCAACUGGGAAAUCUGAUCUUCCAGGGGUAGAUAUAUUUGUUUCCACUGCUGAUCCAGAAAAAGAACCUCCACUUGUUACUGCAAAUACUAUUUUGUCUAUCCUUGCUAGUGAUUACCCCGUUGAAAAGCUUUCUUGCUAUGUUUCUGAUGAUGGAGGUGCCCUCCUGACUUUUGAGGCCAUGGCAGAAGCUGCAAGUUUUGCAAACUUGUGGGUACCAUUCUGUCGAAAGCAUGAUAUUGAACCAAGAAACCCUGAAUCUUACUUCAGCCUGAAAAAAGACCCAUUUAAGAAUAAGGUCCGCUCAGAUUUUGUCAAGGAUCGUAGAAGGGUUAAGCGUGAAUAUGAUGAAUUCAAGGUUCGAAUCAAUGGUCUUCCUGAUUCAAUACGGCGUCGUUCUGAUGCAUAUAAUGCUCGAGAAGAAAUCAAGGCCAUGAAGCUCCGAAGACAGACUGUUGAGGAUGAACCAUUAGAACCUUUGAAAGUCUCUAAAGCAACUUGGAUGGCAGAUGGGACUCACUGGCCAGGCACUUGGAUGGUUUCAGCUCCAGAACACUCUAGGGGUGACCAUGCCGGGAUCAUACAGGUAAUGUUGAAACCUCCAAGUGAUGAACCUCUUCAUGGAACUGUUGACAGUAGUCCACUCGAUUUUACUGAAGUUGACAUUCGGCUGCCCAUGUUAGUCUAUGUUUCUCGUGAGAAGCGACCAGGAUAUGAUCACAAUAAGAAGGCUGGAGCUAUGAAUGCUUUGGUUCGAGCCUCAGCCAUCAUGUCCAAUGGCCCCUUUAUUCUGAAUCUCGACUGUGAUCACUACAUCUACAACUCGGAGGCAAUAAGAGAAGGCAUGUGUUUCAUGAUGGAUCGUGGCGGAGACCGUAUAUGUUAUGUUCAAUUUCCUCAAAGGUUUGAAGGCAUAGAUCCAUCUGAUCGCUAUGCAAAUCACAAUACUGUUUUCUUUGAUGUCAACAUGCGCGCUCUAGAUGGGCUGCAGGGUCCGGUUUAUGUUGGCACCGGAUGCCUUUUCCGUAGGACUGCACUUUAUGGCUUUGAUCCACCCCGUUCGAAAGAUCACUCUGGUUGCUGCAGUUGCUGCUUUGCUCGUCGUAACAAAAGCACAUCUGUUAAUUCUGCACCAGAGGAGCACAGAGCACUUAGAAUGGGAGAUUCUGAUAAUGAGGAAAUGAAUCCAUCUCUGUUCUCUAAAAGGUUUGGGAACUCAAGUUUCCUAGUUGACUCCAUCCCUGUGGCAGAAUUCCAAGGCAGACCACUUGCUGAUCACCCUGCUGUAAAGAACGGACGACCACCCGGUGCUCUGACAAUUCCUAGAGAACUCCUUGAUGCGUCAACUGUUGCUGAGGCAAUUAGUGUCAUCUCAUGCUGGUAUGAAGACAAAACUGAGUGGGGUAAUCGGGUCGGAUGGAUUUAUGGAUCAGUGACUGAAGACGUGGUGACUGGGUAUAGAAUGCACAAUCGAGGCUGGAAAUCUAUAUACUGUGUUACUAAGAGGGAUGCUUUUCGUGGCACCGCUCCUAUCAAUCUGACUGAUAGGCUUCACCAGGUCCUUAGAUGGGCCACUGGGUCGGUUGAGAUCUUCUUUUCACGUAAUAAUGCUUUGUUGGCUAGUCCUAGGAUGAAGCUUCUACAAAGAGUUGCUUAUCUCAAUGUCGGUAUCUACCCCUUUACCUCCUUGUUUCUCAUAGUUUACUGCUUCCUUCCUGCAUUGUCACUCUUUUCCGGUCAAUUCAUCGUCCAGUCUCUAAAUGUCACCUUCCUCACAUAUCUUCUUGUGAUCACUUUGACACUCUGCGUCUUGGCCAUGCUUGAGAUUAAGUGGUCAGGCAUUAAUUUGGAGGAAUGGUGGCGAAAUGAGCAGUUCUGGUUAAUAGGAGGAACAAGCGCCCAUCUCGCAGCUGUACUCCAGGGGCUGCUCAAGGUGAUUGCAGGGAUUGAAAUCUCAUUCACUUUAACAUCCAAGUCUGCUGGUGACGAUAAUGAUGAUGAAUUUGCCGAUCUAUAUAUCUUGAAGUGGUCAUCCUUGAUGAUUCCACCUAUUACUAUCAUGAUAACCAACUUAAUCGCAAUAGCUGUUGGUUUUAGCAGGACAAUAUACAGUGCUAUACCACAGUGGAGCCGUUUGCUUGGCGGUGUAUUCUUUAGCUUUUGGGUCUUGGCUCAUCUUUACCCGUUUGCGAAAGGGCUGAUGGGGAGACGAGGAAGGACACCCACAAUUGUGUUCGUCUGGUCAGGGCUUAUUGCUAUUACCAUUUCGCUCUUGUGGGUUGCAAUCUCUCCCCCGUCUGGUAGUACCCAAAUUGGAGGGUCCUUCCAGUUUCCAUGAGAUUUUUAAGACAUGGGCUUAAAACUGGUGACCUAUUCUCAGCUUCAUUUCGAUAGAUGUUCUUUCGGGUUUACCCUUAAAAAACGAGCGAUGUACGAGACUGCCGUUAUCAUUUAAUUUUAUUUAUUUUUUCCUUCUCCCAUACAUGUUUAGAGGCAAGAGCAACACACUAGAAACUUGAGAAUACAGCCACUUUAUUCUUUAUUACAAGUAUACUUUGCUAUGUCUUGGGGAGUUA